AUGGCGUUCGGAGGACUCUUGGAUGGAUUUCUGCAGGAGAAAUCGCAUUCCCAUGUGGCCGGAGGGGGCCGGAAGCCGUCCGCGUUCAGCCAACCGCCCAGGAAGGACACGUUUUCGAUGGUAAGGGUCCGUUUGAUAAGAUUCAUAAUAUUGUCGGGUUCUGAUGUAAUAACUUCCUAGUCUUUGCUGUAGAACUUCUCGUUUGACUCGAAUUUCAAAAUGUCUCAUGCCCGGAACAUGUUAUUUUGCCCAAAAAUCUUUGAAUAGAAGUCUGAUGAGCCUCCCGAAACGUCGCCGAAUCGGAGCAACACUCACUCCAAACACGAUUCCGUCUGCGAAGUGUGGCUCCCGACGUUUCUGAAACCGCGACGUCUCGAUACCCACGUGAACUCUGACAGUUGACGUUAGUUGCGAAACAUUGCGAAUGCCGAGUUGCGAAACGUCGGGGAGCCCAAAGUCAAAUUUUCAGUACCAGAACCGUGAAAUGAUUCCGAACGGACGGAAGACGAGCAGCAUGUCGAUGGUGAACCACAAAAUGAGCACAGUCUCCGCCGUCUCCGUCGACAUUUAUCCAAAGUAUUCGUGGAAUGGAUCCAUUGCUCGUUAG